UGACGUGGCGGGGUGUGCGGACACUCCGGGCUGAACGCUGCACAGACCCUGGCUGCCGUGGGCGCUCUGAGGCGGACCGCAGGGCGCGGUGGAGAGAGCUGCCGCGAUGCCGCUGGAACUGGAGCUGUGCCCGGGGCGCUGGGUGGGCGGGCAGCACCCAUGCUUCAUCAUUGCCGAAAUCGGCCAGAACCACCAGGGCGACCUGGAGGUGGCCAAACGCCUGAUUCGCACCGCCAAGGAGUGUGGAGCUGAUUGUGCCAAGUUCCAGAAGAGCGAGCUAGAGUUCAAGUUUAAUCGGAAAGCCUUGGAGAGGCCUUAUACUUCGAAGCAUUCCUGGGGGAAGACGUACGGGGAGCAUAAGCGGCACCUGGAAUUCAGCCAUGAGCAGUACAAGGAGUUGCAGCAAUAUGCCCAGGAGGUUGGCAUCUUCUUCACUGCCUCAGGCAUGGAUGAGAUGGCGGUUGAGUUUCUGCAUGAACUGAAUGUUCCAUUUUUCAAAGUUGGAUCUGGGGACACUAACAAUUUCCCUUAUCUGGAAAAGACAGCCAAAAAAGGAAUACCAGAAGCUCUUUCCUGACAUUCCCAUAGGGUACUCGGGGCAUGAAACAGGCAUAGCGAUAUCUGUGGCCGCGGUGGCUUUGGGGGCCAAGGUGUUGGAGCGUCACAUAACUUUGGACAAGACCUGGAAGGGGAGUGAUCACUCAGCCUCGCUGGAGCCUGGAGAACUGGCUGAGCUGGUGCGAUCUGUGCGGCUUGUGGAGAGGGCGCUGGGCUCUCCGACCAAGCAGAUGCUGCCCUGUGAGACGGCCUGCAACGAGAAGCUGGGCAAGUCUGUGGUGGCCAAAGUGAGAAUUCCAGAAGGCACCGUUCUCACGCUGGACAUGCUCACUGUGAAGGUCAGUGAGCCUAAAGGCUGUCCUCCUGAAGACAUCUUUAAUCUAGUGGGCAAGAAGAUCCUGGUCACUGUUGAAGAAGAUGACACCAUCGUAGAAGAAUCUGUAGAAAAUCAUGGCAAAAAAAUCAAGUCUUAAAAUAAAGUGCCAUUCUGUCGAUCUCA